AUGCAAACUACAGGAACGUUUUCCUUGGUGAACAAUGCCAUCGAAUCGAAUACGUCGCGGUACUUUGCCGUAGUACAUCUCGCGGGAAAGCAGUUCAAAGUUACCACAGACGAUCUAAUUAUGGUUAAGACUCCUUUAUUCGGCGCAGAUGUAGGAGAUCAUUUGCGUUUGGAAAAGGUUCUCCUACUGGGAGCAAAGGACUUUACUUUGAUCGGACGGCCGUUGCUGGAUAAAAAUACGGUUAACGUAGAAGCCGUGGUCGUCGAGAAAACGCUGGAACAUCCGCACCUGUGNCCUGUGCUCACGCUGAUUCUUUUUUUAGUGUUUCAAGAUAACGUGGCUGUGUUACGGAUUCUGAAUAUUUCUGCUUCCCCAAUAACGAGUGGUGUACAAUAG